UGCGUCAAAGCCCCCUGGCAGGGGCGCGGGAGCGCGCAGGCUGCCGCCGGGAGAUGCAGCGUGUCCCGGUGGAGCCGGGGACAGGCGGGCGCACACACACAGACACACAGACACACACACAGACACACACACAGACACACAGACACACACAGACACAGACACACACACAGACACACACACAGACACACACACAGACACACAGACACACACACAGACACGCGCGCUGCGUGCGCGCAGCCCGCCGAGGGACCCACGGACUGGAGGAGGCAAAGCUGCAGUCAGGGUAGGAGAAGUGAGGGAGAGGAAGAGGCGGGAGCAGAGGGACACGGAGGAGUGGAGAGGACAGAGGGAGAAACGGGCACGGAGACUCUUCAGAGAUGCGUGAGUUAUAACUAAGAGAGCAGGAGGAAAGGCAGAGAAAAGAAGAGGAGAGCCGUGGGGAAGGGAAAGGGAAAGGAGAUCAGAGACUGAGUCAGCUUCCAGAGGGCAAACACCAGGAGACGAGUUCAGGGAACACCCCAGCAUACCGAGAAGGACCUGUUCUGUCUGAAUCUUCACCAUGAGCACAAGGAAGAGCUGCCCCCUGCCACUGGGGCAAGGAGACCAGGAAGAAAAGCAGAGCGAGGGAUCUCACGACCUGGAGCGACAGGAGUGUGAGACGGAGCUGAGGAACAAAGCUAUUCUGCAACAGAAGAGGCGCCUCAAACAGGCCACCCAGUUUGUGCACAAGGACUCUGCUGAUCUGCUGCCCCUGGAUGGCUUGACAAGGCUUGGCACCUCCAAGGAUCUGCAGCCUCAUAGCGUGGUCCAGCGGCGCCUCUUGGAAGGCAACCUGAACAAGCUGCGGGGCGAGGCCAGGGGUCAGUCUGCACGGGUUCAAUCUCCGCUGGCAAAAGACCAGGAUGAAAAGAUGGAAAAGGGAGAGGACAGGAGAAAAGAGACUUCAGCCCUGCUAAUACAGUGCCAGUGCCAAGGUCAGGUAUUGAAAGCGACUGUUAACACUGGGUGUCUACCAAACCUCAUCUCCAAGAGGUGUCUAAACCAGCUGGGGCUGGAAGAAGUGUCUGCCAUGGACUGUGGAGACCUCUCUCUUCCCAUCCCCAGCGUUGUUGGCCGAGUAGAACAUAUGGAAUUGCAAUUUGGCCAGGAGACAGUGCUGUGUUCAGCACUGGUUGUAGAUGAUGAAAUGCUGGAGUUUUGCAUUGGCCUCCAGACUCUGUGGUCUCUCAAGUGUUGCAUCGACUUGGAGGAAGGAGUCCUGAGAUUUAGAGCACUGAGUCAGGAGCUGCCUUUUUUACACGCCUCUGAAGAGCCUGGUCAGUGACUGGCUGCAUUCCCCAUGUCUGAAGACUUGCUGCCAUGAGACAGAGAUGAGGGUGAGGCUCCCAUGCCCCUAACCUUGCUGAGUUCUAGGCUGAGGCAUUCAAUGGGGAGUGAGAAAAAGGGGAGCGGGUGCUGGAAGCUGUUGUCACUGGGAGUGCCUCAACUUGAGAUACCCCUCCUUUCAGUGGACCCUCUUGCUUGUCCUGAUGUGCCGAAUGGGCAUUUUGUUCUUGUUCUGCUAUUUGGCCCUAGUCACUCCAACUUCUGGUUCUGUAAUAAAUUUAUGCUACCCCUUUAAUGACUUUACAAUACACUCUGUUCACCAGAGAGUCUCUGUGAAGGAUCUCCAGUCGUUCUGUUGACAGGAGAACCGCGUUUUCUCCGAAGACCUCCAAAGAUUGCUAUGAAUGUUUCCCUUCUUGUUGCCUCAAUGCCAGCAUACACCACUCCUGUUUCUUGGUUGGAAGGGCUCUGUUCCCCUCGCCUGCACUCUGGGAAUCUGGAUUUUGCUGCUUUUCUCUCGCUCAGAGCAGAACAGAAGUAUUUUCUUGGAAAACUUUGCAGCAAGAACAGUUUGAGUUCUCAGUUCUAAGAAACCUUUGCAGAAAUAUUGAGUGUAGAUGCCUAAAGCACUGACAGGGGCUUGGGCUUUGCCACUGCAUUCCUGGGCACCAAGCUGUAUUAUAUGAAUGACAAUGCUUACCAUCUCUUGGUGUUAUACCCUGUAACCAGACUUGCACACCCUGUUGUUCUGGCCAGGCCACUCCUCUCUGCACUCCAGCUGCUAGAGCUGCAUCCCUGUUCCCUCAGCUGCAUCCCUGUUCCCUCUUCUGCUUCAUCAGAGAUCCUGCCACUAAGUUUAAACACUGCAAUGAACUACAGCACCAAGUCUUCUGCUCUGUCAGCUCCUUUCUUUUAACUUGAUAUCCAGUGAUUAAACAUAGACACAUCAUCAGCCUCGAGUCCUGGCAUCACACAGCCCAUCAACUUUGCUUCUCUUGCACAAAAUGAGAACUUGUAGUAUCAGCUCAGGUUAGAGAACUGUGAACUCAUCUGGAAUGUUAAAGGUGUUUAAGUCACGUAACAAUUGGGUUUAUUUAAUUUCUUUUUUAUUUUUUUAAUUUCCAUCCUAAAGCUUAGCUGUAUUAAAAAUAUCGUCUAUUCUUAACUAGCUCUAGGAAAGAUGCACUAGAUCAGGGCUUGUUCCAUGCCUCAUGGCUACUGAUUCACUGUCCAAACUCUGCACAAUGUACCUUUAUCCACCCUCAAAAUGUCAUGACAACCCCAUUUUGCCUAUUUUCCUGGAUUAAACACCACUGAAUCUCUUCCUUUUCUAUCAAAUUGCUCAUUGUCUCUGUUGUGCUUCUCAAAAAAUGUUUGUACACAUUUUUGCCCUUUUUUUUUAUUAGUUCUUUUCUCUACAGCUGUACACUGUAGUUUAACAUGUGCUAAGGACAGCAGAGUACAGCCUGGCUGAUACGAUUUGGGAUUCACUCACCAGUGAUAGUUGGUGUGACCGGCAUCUGCUCCUCCUACAAGGAGCAUCAGACUUUUACUGUUAGUCAUCAUAUCUUGCAGCUUCUGAUCUGUUCCUUGACUUCUUUACCACUGUUCUACUUGUGCAUCUGACUACUUCUGGCUGCACGAACUGCUUUCCAUGAAUCUCUCGAGUGACACCAACGGCUCUCUCAUUUAGUCAGGAAACACGCCUACUCGAUGAGCCUGUCUUCCAAAGCACCAGUAAUUCCCCCUGGGUUUGUAUCACUUGCAUGACUGACUGGCUUCUCAAACCCACGGGUCUGGACAGUUCACACUUGUACUAAACCAUCCUGUGUUCUAGCUGCAGUCUGUGUGGUACCUGGGCCAAUUCUGCAGACAAGAUCUUGUUUGUGAUAGAUGAAACACCUGUUUCUCAGUGCGCCAACCCACCCAGUUUCCAACUCUCACUGCCCUCUAAAAACAGCAUGUGGAACAAGGGCAAAUAAUCUAUACAUAAAGACACCAUGUCCGUUAUAAACCUUAUUAAUCAUUAACUUUUAUGAUCUAUUAAAAAAACCUCUCUAAACCAUAACCCAAAAGAUGACUUUAACCCUAACCCAAACAAUAAACCCCAGAAAUUAACCUAAAUCUAACCCGUAAGGCACUAAAUCCUAACUCUAAACUUAACUCCUAAAACAAACUCUAAAAUUUAAUGCUAAUCCUAACCCCUAAAUCAAACCAACACCCCCUAACUAUAAAACUUAACACUAAAUAUAAGCCCCUAAAUUUAACCCUGUAACCCCAACACUAACUAUCUGAUUCUAGACCCAAAACAUAAAGACACUAACUAUAAACCCUAAUCCCAAAACCUAACCAUAAUCCCCAACUCUAAACUCUAACCAUUAACCUAACCCCAGCCCCUAAACCUAACCCCUAACUCUAAACCCCAAACCAUACAACAAAACCUAACCCCUAACCCUACACCUAACCUCAACCACCUAACCCUAUCUGUGGCUUUUGUUGUUCCCACAAGGGGCCCUGCUGCCCGCCAGAGUGCCCUAGGGCUUUUGCUGAGUUUUGCCUAGCCCUGCAAGGAGCUCUGCUGCCUUCCAGUGUGUCCCAGGGCUUUUGCCAGGCUUUGUGAGACCCAUAUGGGGCCCUGCUUCCCUGUGGAGCACUACAGGGCUUUUGCUGGGCUUUGCUGGUGCCCAUAAGUGCAUGGGAAGGAGAGGGCCACCAACAGCUCUAAGUCCUGGCCACUUGUGAGAGCGGUGCCUGGUGUCAGUUUUGCAGCUGGGCUGUGGCUAGGGCAAGGGUGUAGGUGAGUAGGAGCCUUCAGACUGAAACCAACAGGAAUCCUUCCAAUGAUUUAAAAAGAAUGUUGGAUGGGAUCCUACAGAAAACUGCCAUGACUUCGAGUUGACAAUUCUGUUUUGACUGCUGCCUGUCACUUGCAGCCCUGCGGACACCUGCACACUAGCUGCUGCUGGAAUUCACCAGGUGCUGUCCUACCUGUCUGUCUUGGAAUAACUGCUUUUGCUCACAUUCAGAACAUCCUCCAAUCCUUCUGAAGCCUUUCUGUUGUUCACAUGCCUCAUAUCCUAAAUCACUAACAGUUCAGGCUCCUCUGUGAAUUAAUGUGCUACAAUAGGUGAAAAUCUCCAGUCCUAUCUAUUCCCCUCUUCUCUGCUUAACAACUCCUUCUUUGCAUCCUCCUUUCCUUCUGCUCACACUGGUAAGUGACAAAUUUCCUUCAAAAAGGAAUUCUUCCCUUUUUAGAUAAUCCUUUUAACACUUGCCUGUACCCUGGUUGCUAAUAACUUGCACGUUGUGCCACAAUCUUGUCAGCCUUUCCUCUUUGCUGCAAACAACUGCAUGUAUAAAUUCUCAGUCACAAAGAGGAUGUUUCCAAGAAAGCAUUGAAUUAGUGUGAGUUCUUUUCUCAGCUCUGAAAUCAGCUCCAGGGCAGAAGACAUGCUCUUCACCUUCCUCCUGUCCAUGUCAGUUGAACACACAGAUCCAUGCAGUAGAAGUCUCUUUCCACAGUUAUCUUGGAAUCUCCCCAUCAAGCUUUGCUGCAGGUAGAGCUUCCAGAAAAAAACCCCAUUUAUAUGACUAAAUGAGAACUGCAGGUCAUGAUGCCACAGCAGACACCUCACUUUAACCCAUUCACUAAAUCACAGUCCAAUCCUACAGGGUCAGUACCUGCUUUCCUCAUCAACACAGCUCCUGAUGAGUUCUCAUCUCCCCAGGUUACUUGGCAUAAAGUGACUGCACUUAACACAUGUAUUCUGAAUUUUAGCCCAAAGACAUUUUUCUUUCCCCAAAGCACUUUUGUGUCAUUACAUCUGAAUCACAGCCUCCAUUGUGAAAGAAAGAAGUCUUGGCUUUAAAACAGGUGAAUGUAAAAUAGGACUUAACAACAUCUCAAAGAAGCCAACUCAACUCCCAUCUACAAACAUAGUAAUUUUUAAGUCUUCCAACACUGGGGGGAGCACAGUAAAGAAUUUUUGUGGCCUGGCAAGGCUGAAGACUGUCUUAAUUGUAGCUUCUCUUGGAAAAGCCUGUUAUACAGACAGACUUCCCUACUCCCAAUUCCAGUCAUCUCUAUUGCUUUUGGGGGAUAAAGGGAACAAAGGAAUAAUCUAAAAGUCUUUUUCACUGAAGAUCAAAAAAUGCUAACACUUUCAUACAGAAAGUAGAAGUUCAGUACAGACUGCCAGCUCAGAGCAGGACACAGGCACAUCCUGCAUGUGUCCAACACUGGCUUCCUCAUGAUGAGGCCUGUCCUUUCAAUAUAAACAAUGGCAUGUUAUUAUUUUAGGGAUAAUCUCUUUGAACCACCUCGGUGGUCAGUUCCUAUCAGGGCUGCUUUCUAAUACAGCGGGCACAGCAGUUGUGGAAAAGCCUGCAGGGAAACAUCUGCCACAGCAAACCUCCGGAAUAGAGUGCAAUACACCCAGGGGUAGGGAGAGGACUUUUGUCCUUCCUGACAACAUGCACUCUGCCAAAGCCAUAAUCAGGACCACUUCCAGGAGCUUGGGGUCACUUGAUUUUGAACAGAAUGGGAGCUACAGCCAUCCAUAUUCCCAGAGGUGUGCUCCUUCUUUCACUACCAGCAGGUGAGCUAUGGAAUUGAAGACCACCGAGCCGCAUGCAUAUGUUUGCAUUCAAUCCUCCUUUCAAGAGAUUCCACUGGCACAUGCCAGGAUACACCUGAAGAGUUAUAGAAAUAACUAAAGUAUAGCAGAAAGAUCACAAAAAUGAGGGCAGGGAUGGACAGCGGGUUUAUUGUCUCAGGAAAAUAAGGCAACCCUCUCCCUUAAUUUUUUUGCUAUUAAAUUGAGCAUCAGAACCAAAGCCAUGAAUCAUUUAUCUGCAAAUACCCCCAGUGCCUGAGAAUACUGUCAGACUCCUCAUGUGCUGUGUGCUGGCACUGGGACAUACAAAGGUGUCCUGCAAAUCCUGCCCUGCUGAAAAGUUUCACAGCACCAGCAGGUUAUGCCAAUCUGCCAGAGUAGGAUACAGCAAACAACGUUUUCUGCUGUGUGGGAAGGAACCACUUCUAAUUCCAACUCUGUGGCUUGUGUCUGCUGGCAAGGACAAACACACUAUUAGUUACAAAGAAAGUAAAAUGUAACUCCAUCAGUCCAGAGACAGAGCCUUAAGUGGCUCCUUUCCUGAGAGGAUGGACACUCACAGAAAAAUUGUUGCCAGUGAAAGUAGCCUGAAGCACUGACUUGAGGAAGUAUUUGGCACUAAGGAGUUCAAGGCAGGAAAAAGGAAGGAAAGCCAUCUUUUGGCCAAGGAAUGGUACAGAUGUUCAAUGAAUUCUUCUGUAGACACUUUUCAUUCCCUCUUGUGCGCAAGGGGCACAGGAGCAAAAUGCAUCUGCAAGUUAUGAUGUGCUGCACGCAAUAUAAAACUGUCAGGGGAAGCCCUCAAAUGCUAGUAUUUUUCCUCUCCAAUGGUUUUUAAGAGCUGAAAAGUUUUGGGGAACAGAUGUUUUUGUAGUGUCUGUAUUUUCUCACCUCUGCUUUUCAUAGUGUGCAUUGCCUGGGCUUGCACAGCACACAACAAUGUUAUCCUCAGCAAAAGAGGGUUAGGGUGCACAAAGGGCCCUGCCCAACAUUUGCCAUGCUUUUGCCCUACUUUCUUUUAAAGAUGGUUCUUAGAAAAACAUCAUCUCUCCCUCAGUAACCCCUUCCCAUCCUUUCUCAACAAUUAAUAGCCCAACAGUGGAUCAGUUUGACCUUCCUUUCUUGGAAAUCAUUUGACCUGUACAGCAAAGUUUGUUUUGCAAAAAACAGUUCCAGCCAUAUGCACCCAUUUGUACACCUCUUGUGCUUGUGUUGCUAAUAAAGGUUUAUAUUUGGUGUUGCUAAUAAAGGUUUAUAUUUGGCAUGGA